GCGUGUGCGUAGCCCAGCCUCGGAAGGAAUAGCAGGACUCUGAAUUGGGGGACGUGCUCAGAGUGAACAAAUCAUGCUAAUUGUUUUGGGAAGACUGUGAAAGUUAGACCCAAGAUGAAGGCAGAGAAGGAGGCUUUCUCUUGGGCAUCAGCCGCUUUUGCAGCACCUCUCCUCUUGAUCCUUGCAGUUCUGAUUCACUCAGCAGGUGUUCAGGGGGUGAACAUUACCAGUUUGGAGACGCUGAUCAGAGGGACAGUAGGUGGAGAAGCUCUGCUCUCUGUCCGAUACUCAAGCACCAGUCUGGAUCCUCCUGUAAUCAAAUGGCAGCUGAAGAGGGACAAACCUGUUACAGUGGUCCAGUCCAUUGGUACGGAGAUCAUUGGUAACCUGCGGCCAGAAUACAGAGACCGUAUCCUUGUGUUUGAGAAUGGUACACUGCUGCUGCAUAACCUCAGGCUGUCUGAUGAGGGCACUUAUGAAGUAGAGAUCUCCAUCACCGAUGACACCUUCACUGGAGAGGGCAGCAUCGAUCUGACAGUGGAUGAGCCAAUCUCUAAGCCACACGUCCACAUGGUCACUUCUACUGUUCUGGAACUGACAGAGAAUUUCACGUUAAACUGCACCCAUGACACGGGUACAAAGACCACCUAUAGCUGGGCAAAAGGUGGUCUUCCAUUACUAAAUGAGACCCGUCUGCUGCUGUCAGCGAACCAGAAGGUCCUGACCAUCACACGCGUUCAGGUUGUUGAUGAAGAUGUCUACAGUUGUAUGGUGGAGAACCCUAUUAGUAGCAUGAGAAGUCUGCCAGUCAAACUCACAGUUUACAAAAGGAGCUCCCUUUAUAUCAUACUGUCUACAGUUGGAAUAUUCCUCCUCGUCACCCUUGUAACAGUGUGUGCUUGUUGGAGGCCAUCGAAAAAAUCAAAAAAACAGAAGUCCAAAACUAUUAUACCAAGAUCCAUUCCACAAAACCACCACAUCAGGUAUCAUGACGUCAAGCCUGAGGAUGAUGUCAUCCCAAUAAUGACUGAUCAUGAGCGGAGGAAUCCUGUAUCACUUUACAUCUUAAAAGAGAAGGAUUCUCCUCCUGGCGAACCGCCAUCAACAUGUGAAACAUGCACCUCCAUUAGCAGCAGCCCUCCAAGCUACAGCAGCUCAUUACCUCCUCCAUCCGAAUCGCUUGAGCCUCCGGCUCGCUCCUCUCGCAGAUACCCUCGCACCUCCACCAAAUCCCCACCGCACCAUCGCCGGAGGAAGGGACACAGUGAGAGCCCACCAGCCCCCUCCUCGCCCCGCAGCCGAGAGUCCGGUCGAGUCUCACAGUCCUCAUCUCCAGCCAGGAAGCCUGAGGAUCCAUCCACCCCUCCACAAGAACCCAGAGGCUCCCCAAAAAUAUAGAUAUCGAUGCACUGACCACGUCUGCCGAGCCCACAUGCUGCAAAAAGUCAGAUAAUGACCUGCACAAAUACUUUUGCAUUAAUGUAUGUAAAUAUGUAAAUACACAUAUAUGUGUCUAUGCUACAAAACUAUGCAUUUCAAACUUGUUUAGCUUUAUCAUGUUAAGACACGUUUUAUUUGAAAGCACAUUGUGAAUGCUGAGUUGAUCUAACACUCUAGGUCUCUUCAGGUUCUCUCUCAGAGAUGUCACUGGAAUGUGAUUGUGUUGGCUUGGCAAAGCUUUCUAGCUACAUCCACCAUCAGCACAGUUCUUCAGUGUUUUCUAAUAUAGUGUUCUCACACAGUUCCAGUAGUCCAGUGGUUCCCAACCUGGGGUCCGCGUCUCGCUUUGCAGGACAUCAGAGUUUGAAAGGGGAUGCGGGAAUUAUACACUCUAAAAAAAUGCUUUGUUAAAAACAAACCAAGUUGGGUUGAAAAUGUACUAACACAGCAAUUGGGUUGUUUUAACCCAGUGGUUGGGUUAAAUGUUUUGCCUAGGCAGUUUUAUUUAACCCAACUAUUGUUUAAAAAUUACUGAUGGCUGGCUUAAAUGAACCCCAAGUAGGUUGGAAAUUAAAAAUCAGACACAUAAUUACUAGGCAACAAUAAUAAUCAAAAUGUGAACAUUUAUUAAUAAUCAAUUUAAUAAAUAUUUAUUGUUUAAUUAUUAUUCAUUAAACACAUU